AUGGAGGGCACAGCGGAGCUCAACGGUUACGACCAUCAACAGACUAACGGUCUCAACGGCGAGUCCAACGGUCGAAUCGAGCCUGACUACACAGAGUCCUUCGACACCCCCUAUCCGGCCACGGAGCCCCGCGAGGGAUACCGUCAGGCCGGCGACACAUUCGACCCUGUGACUGGCGCAUACCCGCGUAUCUCCCGCCCCGUUGAGCUGAUCCGCCCGUCUUAUGACGUUGUUGUCAUCGGCUCCGGAUAUGGUGGCGCCGUCGCCGCCAGCCGCAUGGCGCGUGGCAACAAGAAGGUUUGCUUGCUCGAGCGCGGUAAGGAGAAGUGGCCCGGAGAGUUCCCUUCCGAGAUCAUCCCAGCCGUGAAGGAGCUUCACACUACGAACGCGGCGACGGAUGGUCUUCUCGGUGCUCUUGGAAAGUUGGGCACCGGCGGUGAUCCGACUGGCCUUUACCAUCUCAUUGUUGGAGAUGGCCAAAACGCCUUCGUGGGCAAUGGCUUGGGCGGCACAAGUUUGCUCAACGCCAACGUCUUCCUCGAAGCAGACGAAGGGGUUCUCAACCUGCCUAUUUGGCCCAAGGAGAUAGAUGCAGGAGAAUUGAAGAAAUAUUACAAGCGCGCCGCCGGUGUCUUGGAGCCUAAGAAGUACCCAAAGGAUUUCCCCAAGCUACACAAGCUGGAGACACUCGAGAAGCAGGCCAAGCUCAUGGGUUGGAGCGAGAAGUUCGACCGUGUACCCCAGACCACCCGCUUCGAGGAUGGAGAGAACAGCACCGGUGUCUACAUGCGAGCCUCUACGCUCAGUGGCCAAGAUACUACCGGUCUCAACGACGGCAGCAAGUCUACAACGCUGGUAAACUAUCUCAGUGACGCCUGGAACUGGGGUACCGAAAUGUUCUGCCAGUGCGAGGUCCGUUAUGUCACCAAGGCGAAGGACCGUGAGGGCUACAUCGUGCACUUUGCAUGGCACGGUGGGAAGCGCGCCAAUUUCAAGGACCUCUUUUACGAGGACCUGAUGUGGGUUCAUGCCAAGGAGCUGGUUUUCUUCGGCGCUGGUAGUAUCGGAACUACCGAGAUCCUGCUCCGCAGCAAGCAGUUUGGCUUGGACAUGAGCCCGGAUGUUGGACACGGCAUGAGUGGCAAUGGUGAUAUCCUUGCAUUCGGCUACAACACUAGCGAGUAUGUCAACGGCAUGGGACGCGAAGACCCUCCCCCCAACCGUCCCGUCGGACCGUGUAUCACUGGUAUUAUCGACUGCCGGAAGGGCCUGGACAACCCACUUGAUGGCUUCGUCGUUGAGGAGGGUGCUAUUCCUGCCGCCCUCGCGCCCUUCUACCAGGCAAUGCUCACAUAUUUGCCCGGCAGAGUGUUCCCUGAUAACAUCUCCAUUAAGGGUGCAGUCGGUCAUGUAACUGCAGCCGUUGGCAGCCGCUUCUUCGGUCCCUAUUUCCCCGAUGGAAGCACCGAGAAGACGCAGUGCUAUCUCAUCAUGUCCCACGACAGUAGUCAAGCAACCAUGCAGCUUGACAAGGACAGACCCCUCAUCAACUUCUCUGGUGUUGGCAAGUCGCACAGAGCCAAGAAGCUGGCGGGCUACUUGGCCAAGCUGACCAACCUGAUCGGCGGAAUCUACGUCGACAGUCCAUUCUAUGCCGCAUUUGGCGAGAAGGAGAUCACUGUCCAUGCCAUUGGUGGUGCUCGUAUCAGCAGCGACGGAACUGGCGCCAGCGGUGGCGUGAACCACAAAGGCCAGCUGUUCAAGGGCACUGAAGGUGAGGUCCAUGAGGGCUUGGUCGUUUGCGAUGGAACCAUUGUUCCUGCGGCUCUUGGUGUCAAUCCUUUCGCGACAAUUACAGCCCUCGCAGAGAGAUCUGUUGAGAAGAUCGCGGAUGACUUCCAUAUUAAAGUCGAUCUUAAGACAAAGAACGGCUCUCUAAACCUAUUUGGGAAGCCGGCACAUGACCCCUUCGAGGGCGAACACCCGCCUGUGGCCAGAGUGCAAGAAAUCAUCAACACAGCCAGAGAUGACAUGACUCCUGGUAUCGCCUUCACCGAGACCAUGGACGGAUGGAUCCACUUUGGAGAGGAUUCCAAGACAUUAGAUUUCCAAAGGGCUACCUUGACUGCUAAAAGCCGGGGCGAAUAUGCCCGUUUCUUCCUCAGCGCCAGGUCAUGGAACACUCACAGCCUCGUCCACGACAAGGAACACGAGGCCAAUCUAACCGGUACCUUUACGUGCCCCGCUCUUGGUGGUACGUCUAUGGUUCAGGGUGGCAAGUUCAACUUGUUUAACGACGACCCGAGAUCGCCUGAUACCACCAACCUGACUUACAACUUCCUGAUCUCACAAAAGGAUGGCAAGAAGUUGCAUUUCAACGGCUACAAGGUUGUUAACUCGGACGUCGUUUUCAACCCCCUCAACCUCUGGAAGGCCACGACCACUCUCUAUUGCACUAUUACUGAGGUUGACGAGCAUGACCAACCCAUUCACGAAGAGGUUCGCGGUAAGGGCGUUAUCCAUAUCCGCCCCACGGCCUUCCUUCAAGAAUGCACAACCAUGGAAGCAACCGGAUCUAGCCUCUACGCCAAGGUUUCUUCAACCGCUAACUUCCUCGGAUACUUCACUGCCAAGGCAGCAGGAGCCUUCCUCACACCUUUCAUCCCUCAAAUCUGGCCCAGCCUACCUUUCAACAGCUACCAGAACCCCACACCCUGGUCGGAAGAGAUCACAGUUGAGGCCAACGACCGCGUUAAGACGAAGCUCUACAUGUGGGAGCCGCAGACUAUUGGUGGCGACGCAAGCAGGGCGCCGAUUCUUUUGUUCAUCCCUGGUGCUGCUGUCGACCACCAGAUCUUUGCUUUGCCCACCAUUGAGAAGAAUGCGGUGAACUACUUCCGGGCUAAGGGGUACCGCGUGUACUCCAUGGUACACCGCGUCGGCAAGACUAUUGUUGCUCAACAGAACUGGACCACGUACGACGCGCGCCGUGAUAUCCAGGCGGCUCUCAGGAAGAUUCGCAAGAGGCAUGCGAUCAUUGAUAGGCUGGACGGUAGCGGCCCCUCGUCACCGACAUAUGUCGUAGCACACUGCGCUGGGUCUAUUGCUCUCGCUUCAGGCCUGCUUGACGGAAGCAUCCCUCGGCAAUGGCUUAGCGGUGUCACCGCGUCCCAGGUGUUCAUGAACCCCAAGUUCCCCAAGGUCAACAACCUAAAGGCUAGCCUCCCCAUCUCCAUGGCCAACAUCUACAACCUCAUCCAGGGCAAGUGGUUUGACUGCACCAGCACACCUCGCGAUGGAUACAUCCAGCAGGCUAUCAACCAGUUGCUUCGCUUCUACCCCGUCGGUCACCGCAAUGAGAUCUGUAACUCCGUUGUCUGCCAUCGCAGCUCUCUUGCUUUCGGCCGGCUCUGGUCACACAAGGGACUCAACGAGGCCACUCACUCACAAUUAGAGAACUUUGUUGGUGGUGCCUCAAUGGCGAACUUGAACCACUUGAUGUACCAAGGCACCCACGAAGUAGUCACGGACUCGCAGAACGAGAGCCUCGUCACACCGCAAAACAUCGCCCGCCUGAAGGGUCUGCCCAUUUUCCUCUUCUCUGGAUCCGAGGACGAGGUGUACGCGCCCGAGAACACCGACACAUCCUUCACUCUCCUCACAGAGGCUAACGGCGGCGUCUGCUAUGAGAGGCAGGUGUUCCAGAACCGCGGCCACUUGGACGCCUGGAUGAGCCCUACCGCCCAUAAGGAUAUCUUCCCGCGGGUGGAGCAGCACAUCCAGAAUGUCCUGAACGACAAGUAUUCGCGACUUGAAAAAUUUGCAUCAGGCAACCCAUUGGGAUUGAAGAAGUGA